CACAUAUCCCUCUUCCCUUCACAGCUUGCUUGGCUCAGAGAUGAGCUUCUCACUCACCACCACCUCCCAUCUCCCCAAGCCUCUCCCUUCUCUCUCCCCUCCCUCCAAACACAAAAAGCUUCAUCUAUCUAUCCCCAUAAAGGCAUUCAAAAACACCAAUACUAAAGCCACCCGAUGCUGGACUAACCAAAUAUCUGCAUUAGCUAUCCAAAUAGCAGCAAUCUUGGCCACUGGAGGUGCAGUAGAGCCGGCUCUGGCGGUAACGGGAGUGAAUGGACAAGAAGAUCUGAUAUGGAUUUUGAUUCAAUCUGGGAUUUCGGCCUUCCUCUACUUCAUUGUUUUCCCCCCUAUCCUCAUGAAUUGGCUGAGGAUAAGGUGGUAUAGGAGGAAUCUGUUGGAGAUGUAUGUCCAGUUCAUGUGUGUCUUCAUCAAUUUCCCUGGCUUGGUGUUGUGGGCACCAUUUCUCAACUUCAGGAAAUUACCACAAGACCCUUCCAUGAAGUACCCCUGGUCGGUGCCGGAAGACAGUUCUAAGGGCAGGAACAUCUACCGGAAAUAUCCUUGGGCAACUCCGGAGGACUAUGACUAAUCCACAAUUGAUUCUUUCAUACUCAUGUCUUUCAUCAUAAACCUCUGAGCUAUGAAUAUACAGAUAAUUGUUUGUGUAUGAUCAUAGAUUAAUAGCGCAAACAUACUGUAAAUUCUCUACCCUUUCAAUACAAUGCAUACAAACAGACAGCAUAUGCAGACACAAAAACAAUGUGUUAUGAAAUACUCAGCAGCAAUUUGGAA